ACCUACGUUCGAAAAUAUCUCAUCGGCGCUUUGACCUGUCCGGUGGUUGUCAGCUCCAGCUGGGGUCAAGCAGUUCUGGAGCAGGUUAUGGCUUUUGGAUGCAUCCAGAGGCUUUUGCUGCUGAGAAGGCCCAGGAUCUGUUGGUCUCCAGCUGGACUUUGUCCCACCAUCCCUGUGAGAACCUCCAAGGAGCUCCUGGGGGCAGCAUGUCCACGUGCUCCAUGCAUCCCAGGUCACGGCUCUGGACAUUCACAGACGAGGAGCCUUACCACCGUCAGGGAGCCGGUGUUCAUCGCAGGCAGCUCCGUUGGACUCCACAAGGGUUCGGUUCUUCAUUUCCGUCUCACCCAGCUGCACCGGCCCUCGCGUGAGGACGAGCUGGGGUUCCAGCAGCGACUCCAGAGGUGCUCGUCCUCCCGGGAGGUCUUCAAACUCCUGCACUCAGUGGAGAUCCUGUCAGACACCAUGGCGGCGGCUGUGCUCCAUCGCGUGGCUGACCUGGAGCGGGAUGGCAGCUCUCUGAGAGACCCCGCCGUGCUGGAGAAGGACAGCAUCCGGGCUCUGUGCUUCCAGCUGGAGCAGGAUGCGGCGAGGCUGACGGACGCAGGGCUGGUGUCGGCUCUUCUGGCCUGCACGCGCCUUUUCUUGGACACUUGGAGCACGCUGAUGGUCAGGCUGGUGUUGGAGAGCCAGGCCCGGCUGGAUCAGGGGCGGAUGACGGUGGGGCAGCUGUGCACUCUGGGCCAGGCCAUGCUGGCCAUGGAGGGUCCGAAGUGUGGAAUGCUGAAGCAGGUGAUGGAGCUCGUCCAGAGGCAGGAGCCUGCACUGUGGAGCCUUGAAGAACUUGUAGCUGCUUAUAGACUUCUGCAGGGAUGUGGGGGUGAAGGUGGUAAAUACAGGGACCUGCUGAACGCCAUGCACAGUCACGCCCUGGCAGCUGCCUCCAGGAUGGAUCCGUCUGCCGUCAGCCAGCUGCUAAGUGCCCUCUUUGCCCUCAACCAGACGCAGGCCGUCCCUCUCGUUAUCACUUUGUGCAAGCAAGCCGUGCGGCACAUACCUUACUUCACGGACGAGGAGCUGUCCGGCGUCCUCGGGGCGCUCAUGCACUUCGGUCACAGCGAUCACUACUUGGUGGAGGCCUUGGAGAAAUACGUUCCUACCAUGACUUUCACCUCCAGCCCAGAGACCAUAACCAAAGUGGCGGAGUUCUUCGCGCUCAGGAACAUCCUGUCCCUCGUUGUUUUCGACGCGCUGGCGGAGAGCUUUGUGUACCGGGCGGACGACUACACCACCAGCCAGGUCGCCCGGCAGAUCGCCGCCUUCGGGAAGCUGGGCUACCUCCCGCCCAACGCAGGCCAGGUUUUCAGGAAACUGGAAAGCGUCCUGCACUCGCGGUUCUCCCACUUCCACCCGCGGGUGCUGCUCAGCCUGCUCCACGCCUGCACCCUGUUGGAGAGGUUCCCCGUCAACUUCGUCUCCAAAGUGUUCAGCAGCUACUUCCUGCAGCAGCUUCAAGGUGAGACCACCGGGUUGGACCGGGCCGUUCUGGCGCAGCUGACUCAGCUGUACAUGACGGUGAAGCUGGAGUGUCCUUUCUAUGAGGGUCCUCGGCUCCUCCCAAAGUACCGAGUCAAAUCUUUCCUCCUGUCCAGUCAUUCCUUGGAGUCACCAGUUGACCCACAUCUGUACAACGCUGUGAGAAACAGAUUAGUGGAUUUGUUGGGAGAUCGCUCCUACUUUGCAUCCAAAGUUCUGACUCCAUACUGCUACACACUCGACGUGGAGAUAAAACUGGACGAGAAGGGAUACGUGCUGCCUGCCAGUCAGAUCGACGACGUUUGUAAGAGAGUAGCUCUGUGUAUUGAUGGACAGAAGAGGUUCACUUCAAACUCCAGACGGCUGCUGGGAAAAGAGGCCAUGAAGCAGAGACAUCUGCGGCUCCUGGGAUACGAAGUCGUUCAGAUUCCUUACUAUGAAUAUGAAAAGCUGCACAAGACCAGUGUGGUGGAGUAUCUUCAUCAAAAAAUCUUCCCACACACAUACCGGAUGAGCUGGUGAAAAUAUCCACCACAAAUAUCUAUUUUUGUAACCAUCAUUGCCAAAAUUCAAACUUUGUCUCAGCCUAUUUAUUAUGCAAAUAAAAAGCUUUUUAUGAAAAA